CGCGCGCGCAAGACGGCUCCGACACGAGCGCAGCAGUCAGCACAUGACAGUAUUCUGUGCGACACAGCUGCCGUAACCGGCCAGUCGACGAUAAUAUAUAUAUAUAUAUUCGCAAUAUCGCGCACGCACUUUGUGUAUAUGUGUAUAUAGCAUACAUUCGCGCGCGCGCGCGCUCAUAAUAACCUUAAAAAACCGUGCGUUCGCCGACGCGAAACAUAAACAAACCGUCGACGUUUGAAUGAACAGUCGCAAAAUCCAUCAGCCAUGAACAGCGGGGAGUCAACGCUGGACGCUAUCAGCGGUCGGGAUGUACACAGCGGUGGGGUAGGUACGACGAACAACCCGGUCAGUGAACAGGAACGCGAGUUGGCCCGGGAAGCUCUGGCGGAGUUCGUCCGGGCCGACUUUCAAGCCUGCUCCGCUAUUCUCGAGAAGCUCGAGGCGCUGCGACCUCAGGAUCUCAAGGUCACCCACAACAAGAUCAUCUCGGAUUUUUACCGGAGCUGCGAGCCCCAACGGAUGGAGAUACUCCGCAAGAGCCUUAAUGCGAUAGACGUAGUGCGGCCGUCUAACGCACAAAGCUCGGAAUCCGAGGAGGCCGAAAGGAGCAUGCUCAAGUACAACCAGGCUGUGAUUCUCUUCCAUUCGAAGAAGUACCGGGCCGCUCUCGACAUAGUCACCAGUAUCUUUGCACUCAACGAGCCCUUGGAGGAGUGUUUCGUGCACAAGAUUUGUAUGAUACUGCUGGAGAUACACCUGAUAUUGGGGAAGCCUGAUACGGCGAUGCUACUGGUCCAUUUUGUGGAAAAUCAGUUUACUUCCUUGCCGGAUUCAUCAAAGUCAGUGCUGGGCGAACAAGGACAGAAUCAGAAGCAUGAGGGUCUGAUCAAGGCUAAUUCAAAGACGACAGCCAACUUGGCUGCAGAAAAGGAGCAGAAAAAAGACAGCAUGGAUGUGGCCGCUGAAGCCUUUAGGAUAAAGCUGAUGAAGUUCAAAUUGAGGAUCUAUUUGAAGACUCUUCAGGUUAAACUUUGCAAGAGGGAGUGGAAGAGUUUGGUGUCUUUAGGGAUGCCAACUAAUCUUUCCACAAUUUUCUUAAAGGCUAAUUUGGAGUACUUGAGAAAAAAUUUUAAAAAGGCAAUGAAAAUAUUGAAUUCCAUCAACAGCGAGACGUGUCCAGAUUUCAGAUCCAGUGGAGAAUCUAUUGCUGUGUUGUAUUAUAAUAACAUUGCUAGUCUUCAUUUUGCCAUGGGAAAACCACACUUGGCAUGUUUCUAUUUGAAAGCAGCACUGGAGGAAAAUAAAAAAUCCAUUGAGAGUGUAAAAGGAAAAAAAGAUGCAAAUAAUUCUAACUCUACAGAUUCAUCCACCCAAACUACAAUGCCAAUUCAUACCCAAGGAAAAUACAAACAUUAUGAAUUAAUGUACAGUUUAGGUGUAAGUUUACUUUAUACGGGUCAAGCUUCAAAAGCUUUCAAUUGCUUCAAUGAAGCAUCACAAGUAUAUUACAGAAAUCCAAGACUUUGGCUAAGAAUGGCUGAAUCCUGUAUAAUGUGUCAUAAGUCUUCCAAUAAAGUUGAUUUUGAUAUUGCUGCAAAGCGUAAAGACAUUGUUGAGAGAGUGAUAGGAGAUAAUGAAAAUGGAGUCAGCAGGAAAUUCGUUUUAGCAUCUUCUCUAACCAAAAAUUGUAAAUACAACAAUGAAGGACAAUCUUAUGCAAUACCACAACCAACAUUAGAGUACGGAAUGCUGUGCCUAAAAAAUGCACUGUUUCUAUUACCUAUGGCAGAAAAAGAAGAUUCAGGUGUACCACAUCCAGCUUUUAAAACCUGCAUUCCACAAGAAGAAGGGCUGAAAAAAACAUCAGGGAAUCAACCACAAACUUUACUUGGAUCACUUUCACCUCCUUCUCAGAAAAUAGGUAAUCACAAUGUUUCGAGUUCACAUAUAGAUAACGCGCCGAAAAUUGCAUCUCAACCUUCUCAAUGUACCAUAACAGAAAACUUAAAUUUAAAAAUCAGUAUUUUGGCUGCUAGUUCUUAUAUUUCAUUGUGCCUGGGUGAUUAUGUAGUGGCAUUGGAACAUGCCAAAUCUUUACUCAGUAUAAAGAAUUUGCCAGGUGCGCAUUGGUUACUUGGUAAUCUAUAUGCUGCAGAAAGUCUCAUUUUCUUAGAUAGAAUUUUUGAAGCUUUAGAGCACUUGAAACUUGAAAGUCUUCAAGAUCUUAGUACCUAUAUACCAAUUGGAGAAGUUGUUGGAGAUAAAGAAAAAGUUGUUGAAGAAGUUAUUGAACAAAAGCCAAGCAAAGUUUCGUGGUAUCCAUCAAAUAUAGCUACAGCUAAAUCAAUACUUCGAUAUAAUCUAGCUGUUGCGUAUGCUAUUCGCGGAGAACUCGAUAAAUCAGGAGAAAUUUUGAAGCAGGUUUGGACGUCGAAAGGUCCUGACUGUGAUGUGCCUAUUCACGUUAUCAUGUUAGCUCUUUACAUUGAAUUACAACUAGGUAAUAUUGAUGUUGCACGUUCACUGAUAAAGCAGCACUACUGUCUAGAACUACAGCAAUAACACUGAACCAUUUUAGUCAAAUUUUUUUAUAUGAAUUUGUAAAAAUAUUUGUAUAUACUAGAUUUAUUACGUUAUUGAUUAGCACAAGGUGCUAUAUAAUGAACUUUUGUAGCUUUAGCAGUCUUUUUUUUAUUAAAUAUACAAUUGUGUACAAAUACAUGAAAACAAAUGUAACAAGAUUAA